AUGAGUCUUAGCUUUAGUGCCAUAUCUACAAAUUUAACGGAGUUCUGCCAUAAGGACAUAAGGGACAGAACGCUAAUGCUAUACUCAGGAUUUAUGUCUCUAUCCUUAAUCGUCGCUGCAUUAGUAUCAUGGGCGAUAUUGCCCUUGAAAAUAGAUAUUGUAUUUGUGGAGGGAUAUUUUGAAUUACAUGCAUGGAAUAUUUACUUAUACGUCUGUUCAAUAUGGAGUUUCAUGGCUACAAUUCUAUUCUAUAAACUGCCUGAGAGUCCCAAGUACUUGCUGUCGCAUAGUCAAGAAAAGGAAGCUUUGGAAGUAGUUCGAACAAUAUACUCCGAAAACACAGGAAAUGCAAAGGACACGUUCCCUGUACGAUCUACCUUUUAUUUUCUCUCUUAA